CCCCAACGUGGGGGUGGUUAGUCUAGUCGAGCCCUCUGGUCCCGCCGGGGAGAGGGCCGGUCCCGGGCCUGUCUACUUUUCUUUAGAAGCAGGGUAGGCAAGGAAGCCUCCUCCGCGCCCUUCGUUCCAGGAAGCCUGCCGAGCCGCCGGGAUCAUGUCGGACGAGGAGUUGAAAGUUCCCGAGGAAAUGUUCAAAGAGGUCAAAUUUUACGCGGUGGGAGACAUCGAUCCCAAGGUUAUACAGUUUCUGAAAGCCGGAAAAGCUAAGGAAGUUUCCUAUAAUGCACUAGCUUCACAUAUAAUUUCAGAAGAUGGGGACAAUCCAGAGGUUGGAGAAGCUCGGGAGGUCUUUGAUCUCCCUGUAGUAAAACCUUCCUGGGUGAUUUUAUCUGUUCGAUGUGGAGCUCUUUUGCCAGUGAAUGGUUUUUCUCCAGAAUCUUGUCAGAUCUUUUUUGGAGUCACUGCCUGCCUUUCUCAGAUUUCAUCUGAAGACCGAAGUGCGCUGUGGGCUUUGAUUACGUUUUAUGGGGGGGAUUGCCAGCUGAACCUCAAUAAGAAGUGUUCUCAUUUGAUUGUACCAGAACCAAAGGGGGAAAAAUAUGAAUGUGCUCUUAAACGAGAAAGCAUUAAAAUUGUGACACCAGACUGGGUCCUGGAUUCAAUAUCUGAUAAAAGUAAAAAGGAGGAAGCCUUUUAUCAUCCUCGUCUAAUUAUUUAUGAAGAAGAAGAGGAGGAAGAAGAGGAGGAGGAGGAGGAGGAUGAAGGGGAAAAUGAAGAACAGGAUUCUCAAAAUGAAGGUAGUACAGAUGAAAAGUUGUCAAGUCCUACAAGUUCUCAAGAAGGAUCAACAUUAGGUGACCAACCAUUCUCACCUAAAUUAAACACUGAAAAAUCGAAAGGGGAAUUGAUGUUUGAUGAUUCCUCGGACUCCUCACCUGAAAAACAAGAGAGAAAUUUGAAUUGGACUCCAGCUGAAGUCCCACAGAUAGCUGCAGCAAAGCGCCGACUUCCUCAGGGAAAGGAGUCUGGUUUAAUUAAUUUAUGUGCCAAUGUCCCACCAGUUCCAAGCAACAUUUUGCCUCCGGAUGUCCGAAGUAAUUUAAUGGCUUCAGGACAGGGUCUCCAAAGCUCUGAAAGACCAGAAAUGAUGGCUACUUGGAGUCCAGCUGUACGGACAUUGAGAAAUAUUACUAAUAGUGCUGAUAUUCAGCAGAUUAACCGACCAUCAAAUGUAGCACAUAUCUUACAGUCUCUUUCAGCACCUACAAAAAAUUUAGAACAGCAGGUAAAUCAUAGCCAACAGGGACAUGCAAAUGCCGUGUUGUUUAGUCAAGUAAAACUAACUCCAGAGACACAUUUGUUACAACAGCAACAUCAGACACAGCAGCAACAUCAGACACAGCAGCAGCAGCAGCAGCAGCAGCAGCAGCAGCAACAGCAUCGCCCCAUUUUACAUCUUCAACCUCAGCAGCUUAUGCAACUGCAGCAGCAGCAGCAGCAGCAGCAGCAGCAGCAACAGCAACAGCAACAGCAACAGCAACCACCACCACAGAUUUCCCAACAACCCUUCCCUCAGCAACAGCCUCAUCAGUUUUCACAACCACAGCAACAGGUCCAUCAGCAGCAUCAAUUUACACAGCAACAGCUACCGUUUCCACAGCAACAGUUACAUCCUCCACAGCAGCUUCAUCGACCUCAGCAACAGCUACAGCAGUUCCAGCAACAACAUGCCCUUCAGCAACAGCUCCAUCAGCUGCAGCAGCAGCAGCUGCAACAGCAACAGUUAGCACAGCUCCAACAGCAGAAUCUACAGCAGCAGCAGUUACAGCAACAGCAGCAGUUACAGCAGCAGCAGCAGCAGCAGCAGCAGCAGUUACAGCAGCAGCAAUUACGUCUGCACCAACAUCAGCAGCAGCAACAACAACAAAUGCAAAAUCAAACAGCACAACAUUUGAGUCAAACAUCCCAGGCCCUUCAGCAGCAGGUUCCUCCUCAGCAACCACAACAUCACCAGCAGCAGCCACAGCAUCAUCAGCUCUUUGGACAUGAUCCGGCACUGGAGAUUCCAGAAGAAUGUUUCUUACUGGGAUGUGUAUUUGCAAUUGCUGAUUAUCCAGAGCAGAUGUCUGAUAAACAGCUGUUGGCAACAUGGAAAAGGAUAAUACAAGCACAUGGUGGCACUGUGGAUCCUACAUUUACAAGCAGAUGUACACAUCUUCUUUGUGAAAGUCAAGUCAGUAGUAUGUAUGCACAGGCGGUGAGAGAACGAAAAAGAUGUGUCACUGCACAUUGGUUAAAUACAGUCUUAAAAAAGAAGAAAAUGGUACCACCUCAUCGAGCUCUUCAUUUUCCUGUGGCAUUCCCACCAGGAGGAAAGCCAUGUUCUCAACAUAUUAUUUCGGUGACUGGAUUUAUUGAUGGUGAUCGAGAUGACCUAAAAUUAAUGGCUUACCUGGCAGGUGCCAAAUAUACAGGUUAUUUAUGCCGUAGCAAUACAGUACUCAUAUGUAAAGAGCCAAGUGGUUUAAAAUAUGAAAAGGCCAAAGAGUGGAGGAUACCAUGUGUGAAUGCCCAGUGGCUUUGUGACAUACUGCUUGGGAAUUUUGAGGCUUUGCGUCAAGUGCAGUGCAGCCGCUACACAGUGUUCAACCUGCAGGAUCCAUUUGCUCCUACUCAGCAUUUAGUUUUAAAUCUUUUGGAUGCAUGGAGAAUUCCAUUAAAGGUAUCGCCAGAGCUACUAAUGGGUAUGAGAUUACCUCCUAAAUUGAAACAAAAUGAAGUAGCUAACAUCCAGCCUUCUUCCAAAAGAGCCAGAAUUGAAGACAUACCACCCCCCACUAAAAAGUUAACACCAGAAUUGACACCUUUUGUGCUUUUCACUGGAUUUGAGCCUGUCCAAGUUCAACAGUAUAUUAAGAAACUCUAUAUUCUUGGGGGUGAGGUAGCUGAGUCUGCACAGAAAUGCACACAUCUUAUUGCCAGCAAAGUGACCCGCACUGUAAAGUUCCUGACAGCAAUUUCUGUAGUAAAGCAUAUAGUAACUCCAGAAUGGUUAGAAGAAUGUUUCAAAUGCCAGAAAUUUGUUGAUGAACAGAACUUCAUGCUCCGAGAUGCUGAAGCUGAGGUGCUCUUCUGUUUCAGUUUAGAGGAGUCCUUAAAGAGAGCACACGUUACACCACUUUUUAAGGCAAAGUAUUUUUACAUUACACCUGGAAUUUGUCCUAGUCUUUCAACUAUGAAAGCCAUUGUGGAAUGUGCAGGAGGAAAAGUAUUAUCUAAGCAGCCAUCUUUCCGUAAACUCAUGGAGUAUAAGCAAAAUAAGAGUUUGUCAGAAAUAAUUUUAAUAUCCUGUGAAAAUGACCUUCACUUAUGUCGGGAAUAUUUUGCAAGAGGAAUAGAUGUUCAUAAUGCAGAAUUUGUCCUUACUGGAGUUCUUACACAAACACUGGACUAUGAAUCUGUGCUAAGCACCAGGAUACAAAGAAAAGGAGGGGUAAAAACUUUUGUCUUCAAGGAGCUUAAAAAAUACAGAUGUUGUUACAAGGGAUCCUCAGAAGGAAAGGUACUGGGUACCUCGGGAUGAGAAAGGCCCAUUGCUGGAAGUUGCUGAUGUUUAAGACUUGAUGGAAACCCAGGCCUCUCAGAGGCAGAAGUAAGCAAAAGCAUUCCAAAUACAGAGGAUAAGCUUGUUCAAAGGCACAAAAACUGGAGAUCAUCAAUGUGGCUAGACCACAGGGUGUGGAGGUAGGUGAGUGAUAUGUAAGAAGCCUUGAAAAAUAGGUGGGGUCAGGUUGUGACCUUAAAUGUGACUCUAAAUGCCAGACAAGUUUAAUGUCUUCUAGUAGAAUAAUAAGUAAUGGAGUUUAUUCACCAAACAUGAAGAGACAAUCACUGUGCUAAGCCCUGGAAAUAAAGAUAGGUCAAAAUCUCUUCUCUCUCUGACGGUGGAAAUAAUAUAUAAGCAAUUAUGUAUAUGUGUGCUAUACACGUGAUAAAUUGGAGAUAAUAAAGAGAGAGGCUCUUAGAAUUAAGAGGUAAUCCAUAGGAAUUAAGAAAGACUUCUAAUAGAAGAUGGGAUAUUAGGAGGCAGAGAUGAGGGAGAGAAUUCCAGGCACAGGGCACAGCAAGUGAAAAUACCCAGAGUGGAGAGAUAGUGUGCCUUAGUCAAAAAACAGUAAGGAGAUUAGUGUCGCUGGACCUUGGAGUAAGUGGAAAGUGGAAAGAUAUAAAGUAUAAUACGACUGGAAAUGGGGGAGGUAUAGAGAGGGAGGGAGGUUAAAUUGGUCUUCAAAUACCAAAGAAUUUUAUAUUUGAUUGUUGGGUUGCUAGGGAGCCAGUGGAGUCUGAGUAGAGAGAAGAGGGGGUGGCCUGUGCUUUAGGAAGAUCCCUUUGGUAACUGAGUGGAGGGUGGACUAGAGGAGAAUGAAACUUGGCAGGGAGACUAGUCACUCAGUUAUUGCAACAAUUUAACCAUGAAGUGAUGAAAGAGUGGACCAGGAUAUUGGCAGAAUCAGGAAAGAUGUGUGUGACCUGGGAGAGGGCAUUAACAGUUAUGGGGAACAGGGAAAGACUUCAUAUACAGAAGGUGGUGCUUGGGAUUCUAAGAGAAGUGAAGAGAGAUGGGGGUCAACCAGUACAAAGACAGGAGACUUAUAAGGAGGAUUAACAGGAAAGCCUGGACAGUACAGGAAAGAGAGUAGUGUUUUGACAAAACGGAGGAUAGGGCCAGAUGAAGGAUUUUAUAAGUGAAAUGUAAGUUUUGUAUUUAAACGAAGAAAACAUUGGAGUCAUUGGAUUUACUAGAGUUGAGAGGCCCCUGCACUUUAGGAAAUCAUGUUUGCAGCUAUAUAGAGGAUAGAAUGGAGUGAGAAGAGACCUGAGACAGGAAGACCAUUUGUACUAAAAUGUAAAAAUGAAACUAUUCCCAGAGUUUGUGUAUAUCAAAUACUAAUGAACCCAAAUACAAAUCAGUCAGUUACUUUUUAUGGCAUCAUUAUAAAAGAGGGAAAAACUUAUUAAAUGCAAAUAGUCAUGUUAGGAACUUUAUUUGGGGCUUUAUAUGGGGAAAUAUAUGUACUUGCAAUAUAUAUGCAUAUAAAGUGGUUUCCAUUUUUCUUACCUUGAAAUUUGGUUUCCCUUUUGCUAUUAUAGCAUACUACUAUCCUAUAGACAUAAUCAGUAUUAAUUUUUCAUAACUUAAAUGUGGUUUGAUUUUUGUUUGCAGAAAGGAGAAGAUAACAUUUGGCAACUAGGGUAUAGACUGAAAUAGUUUGGGAAACAGGUAAAGCAAUGUAUAAAUGCAAAUCCACAAGACUGAUGUGAGUUAGAGUAAAGAUUAGAAAUGAGAUAGAGUUGGGGCAGUAGAUAGUAUAAUGGACUCCAGGCCCAGAGUCGGGAGGAGAAGGAAUCAAAUUUUGCUUCAAGACUUCCCAGCUAUGUGACCCCCGGCAAGUCAUUUAACCCCUAUUACCUAGCUCUUAAGUUGUUAGUAGGACAAAGUAAGGAUGGAACCUGGACAGCAUGAUGAAGUAUGCAUGGGCCAUCUGGGAGUUGGGUGAUCUCAGUGAUGAUCAGUACAUUAGGCACAUGAACAAUCAAUCAUUAACAUGUUCUAGAGCUUCAGUGACAGCUAGAACUAGAAUAUAGGCAUUUUUGUAAUUAAGUGACUGUUACCUUUGAUAAGUAACAUAACCUCUUUGAGCUUCCUUGAAUAGUUGAUCUCUAAGGAUCCUGGCUUUGCUACUUAGAACAGUGCUGGGCACAUGACAAAUAGGUAAUAAGUAUUUGCUUAUUUGACGAAUUAUGUGAUAUUAAGUAAAACCUUUAAGACUUAGUUUUCUAAGUUGGAUUGGGUGACCCGAGUACUCUUCCAGCUCUAAAUCAAUCAUUCUAUACAAGUCUGUGACUCAUGUCUUCACCAGAAUUUCUGUUUUUCCCAUCUUCUCCUCUUUGUUACAUACAGGUAACAAAGAAUGUUUUUAAAGAAGAGAAAAAUCAGCGAAACCAAUCAGUACUUUGAAAUAGUCUGUAAAUAUAUGUAAUGUAGCACAUUUAUGGAUCUUCUAUUUAUGUAAAGGAGUAGGAUGGAAAUAUCUUCUCAUGUUUCUUUUUUUGAAGCCAGUAAUGCUGCUUUGCACCAUUUACUUUUUUUUUUGUCACAAAAUGUCAUUAAAAUUUAAAAAAUUAAUUUAAUUUAGAAUAUUUUCCCAUGAUUACAUGAUUCAUGUUCUUUCCCUCCCCUCCUCCCUUCCCUCUCCCUUAGCCAACGAGCAGUUCCACUGGGUUUUACAUGUAUCAUUGAUCAAGACCUAUUUCCAUAUUAUUGCUAAUUGCACUGGGGUGAUCGCUUAAGAGUCUACAUCCCCAGUCAUAUCCCCCUUGAACCAUGUGAUCAAGUAGUUGUUUUUCUUCUGUGUUUCUGCUCCCACAGUUCUUUCUCUAGAUGUGGACAGUGCUCUUUUUCAUAAGUCCCUCAGGAUUGCUGCUAGUAGAGAAGUCCAUUACAUUCAGUUGUACCACAGAGUAUCAGUCUCUGUGUACAAUAUUCUCCUGGUUCGCUCCUUUCACUCUGCAAUUUCUGGAGGUUGUUCCAGUUCCCAUGGAAUUCCUCCAGUUCAUUAUUCCUUUCAGCACAAUAAUAUUCCAUCACCAACAGAUAGCACAAUUUGGUCAGCUAUUCCUCAAUCCAAGGGCAUCCCCAUAUUUUCCAAAUUUUUGCUACCAUGAAGAGGGCAGCUAUAAAUAUUUUUGUACAAAUCUUUUUCCUUAUCUCUUUGGGGGUAUAAACCCAGCAGUGGUAUGGCUGGAUCAAAGGGGAGGGAGUCAUUUAAAGCCCUUUGGUCAUAAUUCCAAAUUGCCUUCCAGAUGCAUCAUUCAAUUUUGGUUUCUUUUGUGCUUUCCAUUCACAUUUUUAUAGUUGUGCAUAGUGUUUUCUUGUUUUUUUUACUUCAUUCUUCAGAUUAUAUGAAAACCUUUCCAUGUUUCUCUAUCAAUAAUUUUUAAUAAUAAUACAUACAAUAAUAAGUUUCUUACAGAACAUUAGUAUUGCAUAUAUCACACAGUUUGUUUAGCUAUUCCUCAAUCAGUGGGUAUCUACAUUGUUUCCAAUUCUUUGUAAUCACAAAAAGUGCUGCUGUAAAUAUUUUGGUGCAUAUGGGGUCUUUAUUCUUAUUUCUUACACCCUCUUUGAGCUAUCCUAGUAAUGGAAUCUCUAGGUCCAAGAAUAUUAUCGUCAUUUUAUUUGUGUGAUUCCAAAUAACUUUUCAAAAUGGUUGUAUUGAUUCACAACUCCAACAGCAAUGCACUCUUGUGCACACCAUCUUCAACAAUGACUAUUUCCAUCCUUGGCCAUCUUUGCGAAUCUGCUGGUGUGUUAGGUGAAACUUCAGGGUUGUUAGUGAUAUAUGGAGUAUUUUCUUUCUUGAGAACAGUAUUUUCAUAUCCUUCGACCACUUGUCUAUUGAGUAAUACUUUUGGUUAUAUGUGAGUCAUCUCUAUAUCUUGUGUAACUAGAGAUACACUUUUGGAUAGAUUAUAAGUUUGAACACUUGAGAGAUAUUAAGUGCUUAAACCAUGACAAUUCAUCUCCCCCAACUCAAACACUGAAUAGUGUUUACUUCUAGUGCUCAUGUAUAAUAGAAUAAUCAUAUUGCUGUUAAAAAUGCCUUAAUUAGUACUAGAAAAAUACUAGAAGUGAGGAGUUAUAAGGGGUAUAAUUUGGGUUUACAUGAACUAUUUAAAAUAUUGUCAUCUACUGAGGAGACUGAGGAAAAAUGAAUAUAAUUAUAGAAAAAACGAUCCCCCUGGGUAAAUGGAACUAUAAUGCAUCUGUUUCAUCAUCGCUGGAGACAGGGUGUUUAUUUAGCCAACAUACUACUAUGACUGAUUUGAUUAACCUUUCAAUUAGUGUAAAAAAAGAGGCUGCCAAGAAACAGUCCUUAAAGAUCUACAGGAGCUGUCGAGAACCAACUGGCUUUCACAGAUGCUAAGCACUGAUUAGGUAACUAGGAGAGGUUUGGAUGUGAAAUUCCAGGAUUGAAGAUUUCUGCUAGGAGUGUAUCUUUGAAAAAAUUUUGGAUUUCUUCUGAAAGAGGUGAUGCCAUUAUUUUUCACUUAGCUCUGUUGUUUUCAUCAAAGUACAAAAAGAACAGCUGGUAUAUUUGAAGAACAGAAACAGCUGUGUGUAGCUAGUAUAGUUGCAAUAAUGUAUCUUAAAAUGUGUUUGUAGGAUUAAUGAAUAUUUUUGCCAACAACUAUACUGUAAACCUUAGAGAAUCAGAGUUUAAGUUGUAUAGGACUUGAAUGCCAAUAUCAAAGUGUCAUCUCAGACAUGUGAAUCAAAAGAAAAUAUGUGAGCACAAAGGAUGUGUGUUUUUUUGUGAUAACAUGUUGGAGAAGAGUUUUGGGAAAGAAGCUAUCACUGUUGCAUCAUAUAUUUAAUCAGCCAAUCAGUAAACAUUUAUUAAAUGCCUACUAUGUUUCAGGGAGUGUGUUAGGCACUAGAGUCACAAUGACAAAAAUAAAUCUUUCACUUUAAGGAACCUAUAUACACAUGUAAAUAAAUACCAAAUAGAUGAUUUGAAUGGUGGGAAGAGGCCUUAACAGCUUGGAACAGGGAAGGGGGAUCAGGGAAAGUGGCAACAAAACAAGUGAGCAAAUACAUCACAGGUUGUGGGGGGCAGUCUGUUCAGAGGGGAUCUGUAUGUAGUUGGGAGAUGAAAUGUACUGUGUAAAGAACAAGCCUAGUUUUGUGGGACCAAAAUGUGUCUGAAGGGAAACAAUGUAUUGAAUCUGGAAAAGAAGGCUAGAGCCAGAUGGGACUCCUCAAGGCAGGAAACUUGAAUUCUAUGUAUUUAGUUGUGUCUGGAGCUAAGGCCCUUAAAUUCUGUCUUGCAACAUUUAUGUAGAGAUGUUUGGUCUUGUUUAGAUGCAUUAGUGGCCAUAGUGCCUUCUAUUUUAAUGUCUUCCCUGUUGACUUUUUACUUGUGCUCUAGGUUUUUAACCAAGUUUUCCUCCUGAGUUUUUUGGUAAGGUCAAAAUUUUCCCCUUUUAUUCUUGUAUCUUUCACUUUAUGUCUCCUUCCUCUUUGAUGGUGGAUCCUGUGGAGGCUAGACCUCAAUGAUGUCUUGGCUUCCUCCCACAUUGGGGAGAAGAGGGCCAUGUGAAUUUCAGGUGGAUGCUCUUUUCUUCAGGGAUGAUGCUGAUCCCUCCCCCAACACAUACUGUGCUUUGCCCUGUUCUCUCUUUGGUUCUUUGGCUGAGGGCACCUAUAGCCAUGGAGUUGCCACUCCUAGUACAGUGUUGUUCUGCUCUCCUUUGCCUAGUUGUCAGGGAGGAGAUACUGAGAAGGAAUGGAAUUGUUCAAAUAUCCUGAGGCUGGCAGUUUCUUCCUCACAGGCUCGUUGAAGUUUGGGGCUUCUCAGGCCUUCAGCCCCUCAGGCAUGGGGUGCUGCCAGCAGUAUGUGGCAGGGUCCGGGCUUUGGUAGCAACCAGGCCCUUGAGAGUCUCACUGAACACAGAGAUACUGUGAUUAGUCAGAUUUAUUCCCCUCAUCCACCAGGAUCCGAGGUUUGCUCACGUGGCAUUCCUAGCCCUCAGGGUUGUUGACCACACCAGUUGGGUCCAUUCUACUACGGUGGGUGAGUGAUGGUCAGCCAUGGAGCCCCUGUGCUCAGCUAGGGCCUAGCAAUAAGCCAAGCCUCCUUGGAUGGCCUCCUUUUAUAUGGAGAGGUGAGAUAUCUAGAGGGGUGAGGGCAGAAGUAGGCUGGGCCACAGCAGCAGAAACGGUGGUUUCUGGGUGGUUUCUUGGGUGGAUUCCCAAGGCCAAGCCUUAGGUGGUCAGCCUCCCCAUAAUUAGGUUAUUCACCCUCAUUAGGUGCCUUGGCUUGUGGAGACUGGCUUCAGCCACUUUGUUUCUUACAAGUUAUCCCUAUGGUCAGGAGUUUGGUCCUCCAAGUGACUGGUCACUGCCUCCAAAGGCCCCUUAGCCUUAUUUUCUCUAUUAGCAGAAUGGAGGACAUUGUUUAGUGGCCUCUUCCAUUCCUAACAUUCUGAUUCUGUUCACGUUCAUACUAUAUUCUUUGUAUUCCUGUCUUCAAGAAAGUUUGUCAUCCUUAUAAGGAAUACACAUUGUUGAAUUAAAAAAAAAAGCCCAACAAACCCUUACCUUCUAUUUUAGAAUCAAUACAGUGUAUUAACUCCAAGGCAGAAGAAUUAGAAGGGCUAGGCAAUGGGGGUUAAGUGACUUGUCCAGGGUCACACAGCUAAGAUGUCUGAGGCUAUAUUUGAACCCAGGACCUCCCAUCUCUGGGCUUGACUCUCAAUCCCCUAUGCUUCCUAUGUGGCAGGCUCUGUGCUGAGUAACGCAAAUAUACACGAGUCAGGCCCUGCUCUGAAGACACUUGGGUUCGAACAUAACCAACACAAGGGAAUGCUGGCCAGGGAAGGGAGCUUUGCUCUGGGGAGGGACAGGAAUGUUGAGUUAAUAACAAAAGUGUUUCACACAGUGCAUCAGGGUUGGCCAUAGAGCAUGAAAUGCUUGAGUGGAGGAGCACCCAUGCCAAUGGAGUCCAAGUCCCUUGAAAUGGGUAUGUCUUCUUCCUUCAUUCCAGUCUGAUGCCUCGGCGUUGAGGAAUGUAACAUGGAUGGAAUGAAGGUUUCCAUGCGGGAAGAAGGGAAGGCUUGGAUGUUUAUUUUGGGGAGAGUUAGAGGUGUGGUUGGGGAGAAGCUUUCAGUCACAGACCAGGGAAUGAAUGGGGAGAAGAGCACUGAAGAGGGAGUAAGAAACUGCCUCAGGCAGGAACUCUGCUUCAGAAUGCCAGUCACUGAGGGGAUGCCAGAUUUUCCUUUCUAGGGGUUGGUGAACACAAAUGGAUUGAUUUCUCUAGUUUGUAGCCUUCCUUCAAGCCCUACUCUGUUUUCUAAGGAUCAGCCUAGAUUUGGGCAAGCUCCUUACCAGCAGAUGAUCCACUUGCAAAUUAAUUUGGUCACAACAACGUAUAAAGUGAAAAACAAAAAAUGUCCCUCUUUGGGGUUUGGUCCCCAUCUGCGUCUGUGAUGAUGGGGUGGUAGGUUAUAAUGACCAUUUUUAGACGAUCUAUAAACAGAAAGGCAAUGUAAUAUAGGGAAGAGAGGACAGGCAACAAGUAAGUCCUGGGUUCAAAUUCUGCUUUUGAAUGUAAUGGCUGUGUGACCUUGAGCAAAUCACUUAACCUCUCAAUGCCUUUGGCAACUCUUUGUUUCAGAGUUUCAGAGAAUGUGCCAAAUUGAGUUGGUAGAGGAAGGGUCCACCUGGAAUUCCCUAUACCAAUGAAAUGACAGGUCUAGUCUGUGUCUUGAUAAACCUUAUAUUCUAUUUAGUGUUGCUCAAUGAGAUGUCUCUUCCAGGUUUUGCACUACUGGAGGAAAUAUAACAUUAAUCUUGGUAUUCUCACUAUAACUCGAGCCAAAAGAUUACAAAGGAAAUUGUAGUUAAAUAGAAGAAUGGCUCACAAGUUCUUCUUUUAAGGGAAAAUAAAGGAGUUGGUUUUAUCCUAUGUCCAAAAUCAUGAAAAACUCAGUUCAUGAGACAUUUGGUCGUCUGAUGUUGUAGAGCUCAUGAUCAAGAUACUAAAAUGAAAAUAAUUUCAUCUUUGUCUCAGUAUCAGGUAUAGCAGAUUAAAUGGAGAAAAACCCAUACUAAAUGUAUGAUAUUACAAAUUAAACCUAUAUGUUCUUUAAUACUUAAUUCAGUGCAAAGGUGAAAAUAAGAAAGGGUUGGAAAAUGUGUUGGAUAUUAUGGUUUAGGAAUAAAGAAUGAGAAACUAAAAGUUUUUAGUUUCACAGAAAUGGAACACCUAAACACAAAUGUUUUCUUUGAGAAAAAUUGAGAGACACUACUGUGGAAAAGGGAUUGGUCCUGUUCUUACUGGUUCCAGAAUACAGAAUUAGGAAUAAUUGAUAACAGAAUCAGAUUUAGGCUUCCAUAUAAAGAAAAACUAUUAAUUAUUAGAGCUUUAUUAGAGUGUAACAGGGUGCCUUGGAAAGUAGAGGUAUUUGAACAAUGGCUAAAUUUACCACUAUCAAAGUAUCUUGUGGAAAAGAUUUUUGAGGAGUCAAAGAAAUAAAAUUUGAAACUCAAAAUAAAAAGAAUGCUUAAAAAAAAACCUGUUUUAUCCUCUGACUCUUAUCUAUUGGUAAAUUUGAACCCAUUCCUUUUAUACUUUGGAUAUUAAAGCUUUAUCAGAGAAACUUGCUGCAAAUAUUUUCCCCAAGUUUUCCAUUUUCUUUUUAAUUUUAGCUGCAAUAAAUUAAAUUUUUUUUAAAAUUUCACAUAAUUUAAAAUUUCCAUUUUUAUUUUCUGUGAACUUCUCUGCUAGGCAGUAUAAUCGAUAGAGUGUUAGGUUAGAGUUAGGAAGACUCAAGUUCACAAUUGAGUAAAGACACUUAACUAGGGCUAUUAAGAUAGUAUAAUAAAAAUAAUUGAUAUAAAAACAUUUUCCUCAAAGGGUAACUCUUAACUCUUUGAAGUACUUUUGCCCAAGUCUUCACCUUUAGGUAUGGUGUAAUUUUUAAGCUAGUCUUUUUGUAGGGCCUUUGUAGCUUUACUCACCUGAAAUAGUUUGUUCUUGGGUCCUAAAUGUAGACACUGUUGCUAGCCACUGCUAUUUUGGGUUUCCAGUGGGAAAAUAAGAAGUCCUAAAUCCUUGUAUCCUUUGAGACUCAAAGGGACCUUCCUUGGUCAAGAAGAGGGUGGAGACUGAAAGGAGACUUGGACCAACACUGAAACUUAUGGCUCUGAUCCUCUCUCCCCACCACUGCACCCCUUUGAAUCCUCAACAUUUUAGCAGGAACAAGAUCUUUUUGAUGCCAGAUACUGAAAUAGACCCAGUUGUGUUUUAGCUUUAUGGUUUUAUACAAGCCCAGGAUGACCAAACCCCUCAGCUAAUGCUAAUAGACUUUUCACACCUAGAGAGGUGUUCAGAAGCAUUCUAGGUGUGUGAUAAAUGAAUAAUUCAUCUUAUCACUUAUUUUUAGUUGUGUAGGAUAAUUGAUGAUGAGGUUGCAGCAUGCAUUGCCAGAGCUAGUUCAUUGUUCAGUAGGCUCCAAGGGAACACGUGGGAGAAGAGAAGAGAAGAAGGCUGCCAACCAACAUGAAGAUCUACAGAGUGCUGACCUUGUAUACCUGUGAAAUCUGGGCCAUCUUAACAGCCUCUUGCCAGGAAACUGAAUCACUUCCAUCUGAAUUGUCUUAGAAAGCUUCUGAAGAUUGCCUGGCAAGAUUAGGUACUGGACACUGAGGUCAUUUCCCAAGUGGAAGUCUACCACAGAGAGCAUGGCUCUGUGGAGCUGGCCACAUGUUGGAAAGCCAAAUGCGUAUCCCUAAAAAACUUUGGAGAACUUGAAGAAGGCAAGCACUUACAUGGAAGUCAGAAGUGAUACAAGGACACUCAAGGUUUCUUUGAAGAAUUUCAUUUUCUAUUGGGAGAUAUGGGAGAUACUGGCACUGGGUGGUCCAACAUGGUGCCCUCAUCAAAGAAGAUUCUGUACUCUAUGAGCAAAUCAGAAAUGUAGUAGCUCAAAAAAGAAAAAAUCCAAAACACGAGAUGGACAAAUUUACAAACAUCUCCAUCAAAAAUUUCAUAAAAGCUAUUUGUGCUCAAUCCACCACAAUUGGACACAUUGUGGGCUGACAAUGUCAUUUUGGUCCUCUUUGAGUACAAAGGACAAUGGCCAACCAAUUAACCAACCAACCAACAAAUGUACAGGAAUUUAGCAUUUAAAGGGUAGAUUAUGAACUAAGUGGAAUGUUUGGGGAAUUAAAAUGAACUUCAGAUUUGUCUUAGUUUUUAACAUUGUUGAAUGAGCAUCUACUAUCUGAACCUAUUUUCCUCCCUUUGAAUUCAGAAUUCUGUUUGAAAAAAUGUUUUUAAUAUUAAGAAUUCUUAUGGUUACAAGGUUAAAAUUCUGAAGACCAAUAGUCAUUGUCCAUAACUGGAGAUGAUAGGAUCAUAGAUUUAGAGCUGGCAGAUAUCCAAAUUAUUCCAGCUCAAUCCUAUGAUCCUAUCAUAUAGCCAUCUUGUACAGCCCACUCAUUUUACAGAUGAGGAACUGAGGCCAAGAGACAUUAAGUGACUUGUUUAGGGUUGUACUUAAGUACCUGAAUCAGCAUUUGAAUUCAGAUCAUCUCAACUUCAAGUCUAGUACUUUGUCUACUAUUGCAUGCAAUUGCACAUGUUGACUUAAGUGUAGGAAAUCAGAUUGAUUGUGCCAAGUAUGGCUGACUUCAUGACCCCUUCUGCCCUAAUUGUCCAUGAGGUUUUCUUGGCAAGGAUACUGGAGUGGUUUACCAUUUCCUUCUCCAGUGGAUGCUGUGGAUCCUUUUAUCAGGCAGUCAGAGGUUAAGUGACAUUCCCGGUUCACACAGUUAGAUUUGAAUUAAGGUCUUCCUGACUCCAGGCCCAGUGGUUUAGCCACUGCUACCUCCCCAGACAUCUAAAAAGUUGCUUUUUCUAUGAUUUUUUUUUUCCUGCUUGUGAGGUGAGGACCCAAGUAUCCAUUUUAGUUCCCAGAAGGAGUCUUGCUCUCUGGCCCUAUCAUCUCUGAAUCUCAGUGGGAACUCAAAUAGCUGACUUGGCACAUGUCACCCUUAGAGGCUCAGGCAUUUGGCUGCCCACUUCAUGAUAACUCUUAUUUGUAUGACAUUUUAAAAGAUUACAAAGAAUUUUCUAUAAAAUAGCAGUGAACAGUAGGCAGAACAAGGAUUGUUAUCUCCAUUUUAUACAUGAGAAAAACUUGAGGUCCAAAGAGGCUUUAUUCCAUUUUUUUCUUGCCAAUCUGUUAUGGGUUUCUGAUGCAGACACUCUUGCCAGCUACUGCAGUUUUGGGGAUAAUGCUAGGAUUUCAACAGGAAGAUGGGAAAUUCCAAGUCUUCUCUACCCUUUGAUAAUCAAAGUAACCUUUCCUGGCUAAGGAGAGAGAGAGAUGUCUAAGGUCAUAGCACUGUGAAGUGUUAGAGCCAUACUUGAACCCAAAUCUACUAAAUUUCAGUCCAUAUUCCCAUAGGGAUCAUGGCAUCUGAAUUUUCUGUGGGAUUACCCUAUGUCUAUCCCUCGAUUAAGUUCAGGAUAGUUUGGGGAGGGAAGUGGUAGGUUUAUUGGCAGGAGAAUAAGCAAGGGUGAUAGUGAGGAUGCAAAUGUACCAAGAUAGGUGAGGCUGACUACCUCCCCCUUGGAGCAUCCUCCCUGCAUUUUUCUUCUUUUCUGAUGAUGGAUCUAACAUCAACCAUUUAUUCCCUACUUUGUUGAUAAAUCAGGAUUUUCAUUUAUAUAUAUUCUAUAUAUAAGUUUCACAUAUAUGUUCUAUAACUGUAAGUUAUUCUCCUGUAUUUAAGCUUUUUGUUGUUUUGAUUAUCCUUGAUAAAGAGCCAGUUCUCUGUGAGAUUGUAAAUUCUUAUGCUUAAAGAUAGAAGACCCCAAAGCCAGUCAUUGAAUCUAGUGAUAAAAAAAGUAAACACUUUUGAGAAUAAUACACUAUAUGUAUCAUCAGAAAUGGCUUUAUGUGUGGCUCUUGCAUCAGCCUGCCUUUGUUGUGUUGCUCUUGAUGGGGUUUUGUGACAGUGACAAUGUACAUGAAUUCUUGCUGUCUCACAAUCCAGAUAUCCUACUGAAUAACUUUCAUGAGCUAGAUUAGUAUUAAUUCUAGGCAGUGGCCUUUCUGCAUAGUAAUCUUUUUGUGAAUAUUUGAAGUCAGGAUCUGAUCACGAUAGCUUUGAAGAUUCUAUGUUGAACUUUUUUCCAUCCAUCCAUCCAUCCAUCCAUCCAUUCAUUCAUUCAUUCAUUCAUUCAUCCAUCUGUCUCUUUACUCAGUAGGAAUUUAUUAAGUACCCACUAUGUACCAGACACUGUACUAGAGAUACAACAAAAAAGAAAUGAUCCCUUAAGGAAUUUAUAAUCUACCUUGAGGAAAAUCACUUCAAAAUAUACAGUUAUUUGUGAGGGGAGGGUAGAGAAGAAGGAAGGAGGAAGGAAAUGAACAUUAAUUACCCACUAUAGUCCAGGCACUGUACUAAGCACUUUAUAAGUAUCUCAUCAGUCUUCACAACCCCGAGGUAGGUGGUAGUAUUAUUUUCAUUUUACAGUGGAGGAACCUGAGGCAGAGGUUCAGUUACUUGCUCAGUCACAUAGUAAGUGCUCUUCACUAGCAGAAUCAGGAAAUCUCUCUUGAGGGAGAUAACUUAAGCGGAACCUUGAAGAGACAGGAGAUUUGAUGGGGCAGAGAUAAAAAUUAAAUGUAGUCUAGGUAAUGAGGGUGAUAGAUUUUGUCUUCAGAAAAGUGUGAUAGCAAAGUGAAUGUUAGCCAAUUAUCUGUUUCCUGCUAUAGAGGAAUAGUUGGUCCUUGACCAUUUGGUUUUCUACCCCCUUUCCCCUUGAUGUCACAGAAAGUCAGAGACAGAUAAUAAGCAGUUAAACUAAUAAAAAAAAAAAACAUGAAAAUGUGACUAAAUCAAUUAUCCCUUCUCUAUACCAAACAAGUUUAUCCUUGAUUGGAUCCAAAGGGAAGCCUAACUUUUGGCAAGCAAAAAUGGCCACAUCCUUAAAGAGGAAUCAAAAUUGCUAAAGUCAAUAGAACUGGAAUCAGUCCAUGCUGUUCGAGAGUUCAAGGGAGUCUAUGUAUCUAGAGGCCUUCCUCUCCUUCCCAGCCUCCCAUCAUCCAUACCAUCUAAUAGCAGAACUUUUUGCCCAGUAGUAGACACCUCAUUCCUCUCUUUGGUCAAUAGGAAUUUUGCAAUAGAAUUGGAGGCAUAGUUGAGUGAUGCAGAAUAAUGAUAGACUAACUACAUUGAGAGGCUGUGUGGAAAGUGGUCAGAGAGCUGAGUUAGAAUUAGGAAGAUAGUUUUAAAUCCCACCUGAGAGACUCAUUAGCUGCAUGACCCUGAGGAAGUCAUUUUCCUCUCUGACUUCAAUUUCUUCAUCUGUAAGAUUAAGAGAUUGGACCUGAUUAGCCUUAGGUCCAUUCCAGUUCUACAUCCCUAUUUUCAAAAUAAGUAAGACUUUACUGCUGUAUUAUGUGGAAUGGUCAGUAGCCAGUUUUAGCUGUUGAUCCUUUAUUGAGCCUGCUAUUAACCCAUAUUCGUGGCAAUCUCAGAUCCUUUAUCACAACUGACUCCAGGACAAAUGAAAAGAAGGGGCCCAGAAUGAGUCAGAAAUCUGCAGUGGUAGCCAGAAUAAAAUGGUAGUCGUCAUGUGGAAAAGGAAUUGGACUUGAUGUGCUUGAUCCCAGAAGACUGAAUGAAGAGCAGUGGGUGGAAGUUUUAGAGAGGCCAGUGGAGGCUUGAUUUCAGGGAAAACUUCCCAAGUUAGAAUUGUUCAAAAUUUCAAUCAUUGACUGCCUUGAGUUGUGUCUUGCUAGAGUUUUCUUUCAGCUAGGAAAGGCUGAAUGAACACCUGCCAGGAUUGUCAAAGAGGGGAUUCUCAUUCAGACAUGAGUUGGACCAGAUGGCCUCUGAGACUUCUUUCAGCACUGAUGUGCUGUGAUUCCUGGGCCCUUACUACUAAUUAAGACAUCUGAUGAGGCUUAGAGGGGAAGAGGUGGCGUAAAAGCUUGUCACUUAGAGAAUAGUCAACUAUAGAGGACAUCAUUCAUUCUUGGAGCUCUCUGCAAUUGUAAAAGUUUAAUUAGCCUGCUGUGUUUGCUUUGGACUAGAUAGCUUUUCUUCAGAGGAAGGUUAGCUUUGCCAGCACUACUCUAAUUGCCUCCAGAAAGUAGGCAGAAAUAAGGAUAUCAAAGGGGGGAAUGAUGAAAAAAAAAGUACUGCAUUGACCUACUGUCUGAAGAAAGUCAUUCCAAGGUUUAUGAAGAGGUGAGCAGGUCUCAUAGGAUUUAGAUCCUGAAGGAUCUCAGAACUCAUCUAGAGAUGGAUAGAGAGCUAGACUGUAAGAAUUAGGAAUAAAGCAUAAGGAAAACUGACAUUUAUAGCACUUUUAGGUGUACAGGGUAUUUUCCAGAAAUUAUUUGAGCUUUGCAAUAAUCUCACGAGGGAAAUAGUACAAUAAUUAUACCCAUUUCACAGAAGAAAAAAACCUAAAGCUUAGAAAAGGUGAUAAGACUUGCCUGGGAUGCACACAACUAUUGGGAGCAUAUUCCUAGUCUCUUUGCUCUUUCUGAAGAGUGUCAACUGAAUUCAAGUGCUAUAAACUAGUAUCCAACCCAGGGAGUUGGGACCUGAACCCCAAACUAUUCCCCAUUUCCUACAAUGAGAAAGAUUUUUCUGCCUCCCCUAACAAACACAGAGGCAGGAGGUGAAUGCCUUGCUUGCCUCUAAAAGGGAUGUUUUGGGCAGUGAACAUAUUUACAACACAACAGGACGAUGUUUGCAUAUGUUGCUUAGAAGAAUUAAUGAUGCAUCUCCAAGGAUGUUACAUUUUACAUCUAGUAAUACACCUUAAUUAAAAUAAAUUGCUCUUAAUUAUGUUCUGUGCCACAUAAUUUAUAUCUGUGUUGAUGCAAUAAGCAGAAUAUUAAUGUACAUUUAUAUCAGAACAUAAAUUUAAAUUACCAGACUUUAUUUCAUAGCCACCAGAAACACAAACAUACCCUUUGACUUUUUUUCAUUUUCUAUUUUUUAAAUGGGAAGAUAAUAAAUGCCUGCCUGUCUUACAUUGUUGGCUUAGGACUCACUCUGGUUUUAUCUGCAUAGUAUUCAAUUCAAUAGCUUGUAUUGUACCUAGUUGCUGCUAUGUACAGAGAACUGUCCUUAGUACUGGGGAAACAUGAACUAAGGCAAGGUCCCUCCUUAAAGGAACUUAUAAUGCAAUAAGGAAGAUGAAAAAUACAUGGCAAACAAUGAUACAAAUUGGGAAGUGACAAGUGGAGAAUUGAGGAAUUCAGUUUGUGGUGCUGGUAGAGCAUCCAGAUGGAGAUGCCCAGUUGGGAAAAUAGGACUGAUAUUUAUAGUAGUUCAUUUUUUUAAAAGAAGCAAAGAAAUGUGUGCCUGGCAUGUAGUAAAGGCUAAUUAGAUGACUGAUUGGAAAUAAGGUGGGUGCCCUUCUAUUUAGGAAGACUUGGAUAAAUUGUGGCAUGCCCUGAAUGGGAUGCUAUUGCACUGUAAGAAACUGUGCAUAUUACAAAUUUAGGGAAACCUGGGAGAAAGUGUAUGAGCUAUCACAGACAUAAGUAGAAACAGGAGAAUAAUGUUUACAAUGGCCCCAACAAUAUAAAUGAAGACAACUAAGAAAUAAAAAAAAAAUCAAGUGACAUGCUUAACACAGUGAGCAGCUAAAACAUUCUUCCCUCCUCUUGGCAGAGAGGUGGUAGACUACAGGUGCCAAAGAAAGCAUAUAUGUUGGUUCAUUUUGCUUAGUUUUCAUCAUGAAGGAGAGUGUCCAUGUGUGGUAGAACAGAAGUCAUUGGGAAAUGGAAAUAAUGUAAGGAAAAGCAUCUGUAAAAUAUUUAUUGAAAAAAUAUGCAAAAGAAAAUACAGAACGUUAGAGCUGGAGACAUAUUUGAUUGGGGUGAUAACUGAGCCUGGGAAAAUAGAAAUUUGUUUUUUUUCAAUUACAUGUAGAAGUUUUUGACAAAUAGAAAACAAAUGUUUUUUAACAUUAUGAUUCAGAUUCUCUUCCCCUCUUCGCCAGGCUGUAAGUAGUCUAAUAUAGACUAUACCUAUAUUUCCUUACUGUUCAUGCAAGUAGAGGUUUUUUUAGUAGACAGAGUGUAGGGGAAGAGAGUCAAAGUUAACUCUCCCAGCAUUUUUUAUCUCCUUCCCAUUCUCUAGAGCUAGAACAGGACCAUCAUGACCAUGCUCUAAUUGGAACCUGGUAGCAGAGUAUAUUUUUCUUAUUUGAAGGAUGCUUACAAUCCCAAAUGGCUCCACUCUUUCAUCCUGACCUGUGUUGCCAGUCCCAAGGUCCUGUGGUCUUAACACUGCUAAGCCCUUCCCCCUGAGGCUGUGACCUGAUGCUUCUUUGGUUGGGCUUGAGGAUCAUUGUCCCAGCAAGACAUCUGGAGAAUCAGCGUGGAUUGGACUUAGAAGUAUGAUCAGUAAGUAAGCAGCAGCCUAGAAGAGGGUUACUCUGCUCCAGAAGUGACCGUAGAUGUCCUUAAUACAUGGAUCUCUUUUUUUGAUUAUUAAAAAAUAUUUUAUUUUCUCAAUUACACGUAAUAACAAUUUUGAGCAUAUGUUUUCCAAAAUGAUACGAUUCAAAUUAUCUCCUUCCCUCUUUUCCCUCCCUGUCUCAGAGAUGGUAAGCAAUUUGAUCUGGGUUAUAUAUGUAUUAUCAUGUAAAACAAUACUUUUAUAUUAGUCAUUGUUGUAAGAAAAUACUCGUAGAAAACCAAAACCCCCAAAUAAAACUAUAAAUAAACUAAUAUGAAAGAUAGUGUGCUUUGAUCUGCAUCUGACUCCAAUGGUUCUUUUUCUGGAGUACAUAUAGAUCUUAAAUGCCAUCUAAUCUAACUCACUCCCAAGGCCCAGAGUAACAAGAAGACUUGUCCCAUAACGCAUGACUAAUGAGAGCAUUGACUUAGGCUGAUCAGGCACCUGGAUCUAGAACUUGUUCUAUUACUCUGAAUGAUUCCAGCUCCAGUUUAAUGUUCUCGAAAGAUGCCUGUUGAAAGCUUCCUUGCUUUUGGUUGUUUUGGUCUGCUUGUUACUGAGUUUUAUGCCAGAACAUCAUAGAUAAUAAAUGUUUGCUUGAUGAA